AUGUGGCAGCUCUUAGCAGCAACAUGCUGGAUGCUUCUUCUUGGACCUGUAUAUGGUUAUAAGAAAAGAAGUAUCACAAAUCCUGAAGCUACUAUGAAUAUUAGCCAAAUUAUUUCUUACUGGGGUUAUCCUCAUGAAACGUAUGAAGUUGUGACCAAGGAUGGUUAUAUCCUUGGAAUUUAUAGAAUUACUCAUGGAAGAGGAUGCCUGAAAAAAACAGCUUCCAGGCCUGUUGUGUAUCUGCAACAUGGCUUACUUGCAUCUGCCAGUAACUGGAUUUGCAACCUGCCCAACAACAGCUUGGCUUUCCUUCUGGCAGAUCACGGUUAUGAUGUGUGGUUGGGAAAUAGCAGGGGAAAUACCUGGUCCAGGAAACACGUAACACUCUCACCCAAAUCAUCUGACUAUUGGGCCUUCAGUUUGGAUGAGAUGGCAAAAUAUGACCUUCCAGCUACAAUCAAUUUAAUCAUAGAGAAAACUGGACAGGAGCAGCUCUACUAUGUGGGCCACUCUCAAGGCACUACCAUAGGUACUUUCGGGGAAAAUCCGGAAGUGGCGCUGUGGCUCAAGCUCACGACCAGAACCCCCCCCCAAAAAAAAUUACAAGAUUCUCCACUCUUGGUAUCCAAAGGGCCCUGAUGGUGCUUUAAAUUGAUUUUUCAGGCACUGUUUGGUGACAAAAGCUUCUCCUCUCACACAUUUUUUGAACAAUUUAUUGCUACCAAAGUGUGCAACCAGAAGAUAUUCCAUCUUGUGUGCAGCAACUUCCUGUUUACCCUAACUGGAUCUGAUCCAAAAAAUUUAAAUGUGAGCCGCCUGGACGUUUACCUGUCACAAAGCUCCGAGGGGACAUCUGUUCAGAACAUGCUGCACUGGGCCCAGGCUGUUAAUUCCGGUCAGCUCCAAGCUUAUGACUGGGGAAGCCCUGACAAGAAUAUGAUGCAUUUCCAUCAGUCUACGCCUCCAUUUUACAACGUUACUAGGAUGGAAGUGCCCAUGGCAAUCUGGAGUGGUGGACAGGAUGUCGUGGCUGAUAUUAAGGACACUGAAGAGUUACUUCCUAAAGUUGCAAACCUUAUUUAUUACAGGAAUAUUCCACACUACAAUCACAUGGAUUUUUGGCUUGGAAAGGAUGCACCACGAGAAAUUUACCAAGACCUCAUUAGAAUGAUAGAGGAGCAUUAA